GUACAUGUGCAGCUAUUUUUCCUCAGGUGGCGCAAUUGUGUGAUUAUCGCCACACAUUUAUUUUUUAUGUUAUUAUAUCGAAAUACGCUCCAAAAGAGGGGUAUCCAAUAUUGAAUACUUUACAUUCUUUUUUGUAGAGGAAUGCUGGGCAGCUUGUACAGAAUCUAGAGCUAGUUAACUCGCAAUACGACUUCUUCUUCGUAACACAUAACACACUCAUUCAUAAAAGCAAUGGCUGACGAUAAGGAAAUCGGGCCUAAUACCUCUAUUGAGAGCGGCAAUAAGGAUUCCGCACCUGAAGUAUUAUCGGAGCUUGUACACAAGGUGGAUAUCACAGAGAAUAAAGCGAUGACAGACGCCAGCGACACUGUUCACAUCGAAUCUACUGGCAGCAGCAAUUUUAGGAGUAACAUGCUUCAGCACGUAAAGUUGUGGUCGGCAGUUAUUGUUUGGUAUGGGCUCAAUGUUACCCAUAUUAUGACAAGCAAAUCAUUUUUAAAUGCGUUGCCCCUUCCGUGGACGGUUUGUUCAUUUGAAUUUUUGGUAGGCUGGCUUUUUGCCGGUGUAUUUUGGGGAACUGGAUUUCGUAAGAUGCCACGUUUUCCCAACGUACGGUCCUUUAUUUCUAUCUUUAUACCAUUGGGAUUGGUUACUGUAUUUUUACACUGUGGAACAAUUAUAUCUAUGGCACUAGGUUCCGUAUCAUUUACUACCGUCAUUAAGUCUGCAGAGCCAGUGGCAACGGCAGUUCUUUCAAUUUUGAUCCUUAAAGACUAUUUGAACAUCUAUGUCUAUUUAUCGCUGAUUCCGAUUGUAGCUGGUGUUGCCAUAUCUUCUGCGAAUGAGCUUUCCUUUAACACAUGGUCAUUUUUCUGUGCUUUAGCAUCUAAUGUGUUCGAAGCUUUCCGAGCGAUCAUUGUGAAGAAAAUCGAUUUUGAAGAUGAAACUAUAGGGACAAAUUUGACUCCUACCAACAUAUAUAUGUUAUUUACAUUGGUAGCUUCAUGUAUUUGUCUUCCCAUAUCAUUGGGAAUUGAAGCUCCGUAUUGGAAAGAGACGUGGCUUAAAUCAACUGCCGAGAUGACUACAUACAAUAAAGGCAUUGUUAUUUUCCAAUUCAUCGCGUGUGGAUUUUUAUAUUACGUUUACAACGACUUUGCGUUCUAUUGCCUGGGGCUGAUGAAUCAAGUGACGUACUCUGUGCUAAACACCAUGAAGAGGAUAGUGGUUAUUAUUGUAUCAAUCAUCAUUUUCCAAAAUGAAGUCAAUGUUUUAGGUUACGUGGGUAUAUCUACUGCUAUUAUAGGCGGUCUUUUAUAUUCGCUUGCGAAGCAAGGAAUAUGUUCGAGACCUAGAAAACAAGAGGUAGCAUUAGAAUAAAAC